AUGGAUAAAUCACAUAAAUCAUUAGACACGGAAUCACUGCAGCGUGGUCAGACUCUUGCGGGAUGGUACUACAGAAAGGGCGAUCUUGAUGAAGCAGACCAGCUGUACAAGAACCUCCUCGUCCUAUAUGGACCUAUUAACCCCCCAAACAGUAUAGUCUUCGGGAUAAGACUCCAUAUUGCCCAGAUCAGAUGGUUCCAAGGUGGUCAUAGGGAAUCAGAACAAGACUUUAAAGCUCUUAACGACAUGGUCGACAACUUUUUCGACGAGGCCUUGAUAUGUAAGACGGCAAAAUGGCUAGCACUCUCGCAGUGGAAGCAGGGCAAAUACACCGAGGCCAAGGCGACGAUUCAGGGCUGUGUUGAUAAGGAUCCAGACGAAAGAAAAGGGAACAAAGCACUUCUUAGCACGCGAGCACUCAUUUUGGCAUCGGCUGGAUCGUUCAAGCGAGCUCUCGAAGACAGUAAUAAGGCGAUAGGAGGUGAAUCAGGUAAGCUCGACCGAAACGAGCUGCCAGAGACGCAAACCAUCAUUUACAACGUCAAUCACGCCCGUGUGUUGUGCGAAAUUGGAAGAUAUAAAGAAGCUGCCGAGAAGAACAAAGCGGCUCUGAGCAACUUGCAGAAGCGCUGGGGACCAAAACAUUUCAUCACUCUCGACGCUGCUAGCCUCCGGGCCUGGUUGUCAGUUGUUAUGAGCAACACAUCGGGGGCGGGAGAGGAGGUUCAGCAAACGUUGCGUCAAAUGAGGGAGCGGUUGGGAGAAGAUCAUCCGUCAACAUUACAGACUGUACAGACUCUGGUGCUGGCUUACAAGAAUGACGGCCGAUACUCGGAUGCAGAGACAACCGCACGCUAUCUUCUCGCCAAAUGUGAGGCUAACAAAGAACUUGGGCAUGCACAUCCGCAAACACUCAAGUCAAAAACCAUACUUGCUGAGGUACUGCUUGCUGUAGGAGCAUGGAGGGAAGCUGAAGAAUAUCAGAGAGAGGUUGUCAAAGAUGAAAAGGCGACCUAUCUCCAGAGACUCACCCUGGCAAAUAUACUUCGGGAGGUUGGGAAAUGGGAUGAAGCUCGUGAUCUCGCCACCAACAUACUGCUGGAACAGUUGCACAAGUUCAGCAGUGACGAGGAGAAGGACUCUUACAGCGAGCAUGAUCAAACGCAGGAACUCUCUGGAGAACAGAUCUCUCCCAACGACCUGAGACAUAUCCUCCACAAGUCAAAGUACGUUCGAGAUAAGCUGCAUAAACUACCACUAGGACCUUUCGAUCCUACAGCAGGUCCAGACCCUGUCAGGGUAUACCCAUCGUUAGUUCAAACGAUGCAGUGCGUUGCGCUAUGCGAACAAGUACGAGAUGAUGCAAAUCUUGCGUUCUCAGAGGCUUUAUUGGAGUCAAUUCACGACAUCUGCGAUCGGAGACUGGGCAAAUUCCAUCAAUACACUGUCGCUAUUGAGCACGAUUUGGCUGUGAACCAUCGGCUCAGUGGGAAGUUCUUAGACGCCCGGAAAGUCAUUACGCAUGUCGUUGAACAACGACGUAAUACUCUGGGAACAGACCAUCCAGACUAUCUGCUCUCCAGGCAUCAAUUCUCUGUCAUUCUGCUUCGUUUGUCGAAAUGGCAAGAAGCAUUGAAGGAGCAAGAGUCCGUCUUACGAGCUCAAGAGUUUCUAUUGGGUGCUCUUCAUCCUAUGACCGUGCUUUCGCGCUACACGCUUGCUGGGAUCUAUCAUUCUCUGCAUCGUUACAAAGAGGCAGAGGAUUACCUUGCUAAGGUCAUCGAAGAUCAAAGGCGUAUAUUUAAUCCAACGAGAACUGAACCCGGGGAUCACGCCGUUGUUAUCCGCAGUCGAGCUCGGCUUGCUUUAGUUCAGCUUGACAGAGCGCUGACUGAGAAGAACGACGCGUCGAUCGAGCAGAAAAAUGCAUUGUUCGACAGCUCUAGAAUCGAACAAAUGGCUGUGGUCGAACACCGAUCUCAACAUCUGGGAAGCAACCACCAUUUGACACAAAGUUCCCUUAACGACUUAGCUCAGAUUGAGCAAGCAUCAGGGAAUAUAACAAAAGCCGAAGAGAAAUACGAGUCGCUACUCUCGACUAUCAGUAGCCGCGAGAACAAAAGUACGAACAGUAAGAGUCACGAACGUAUCCUAGCCUUCCAAGUAAAGUCCAACCUAGCAACAUGCUUCUACGAGAUGGAGCAAUACCAGAAAGCAGAGAAGCUGCAAAACGAGCUGUAUAGCGAGCUGAGAAGAGACCAGGGUACUGAUGAUCGAUUCGUGGCAAGUGCGUUCAAUCUCGCACUGACUUGCAAAGCGCUUGAACAAUACCAGAGAGCAUGUAAACUACUGAGAGAAACUGUCAAGGCGUCGCAGGAUCUUCUGGGCGAUAGUCAUCCGCAAACACGAGAACUGAAUAAUACUCUGACGGAGUGGAACAAACAAUACGCUGACUCCGAUACAGUAGACAGAACAAAGGAUUGGAGUCGAAAGAAUUCGGAAAAUUUCGCAAAGAAUGAUAGAUUGACAGAUGCAAGUAUAGCAUUUCUUAGUUGA